GUGGGGAAUUCCAUUAGUGCGCUUCGCAUCGCGUGGUUGACUUGAGCUAUUGCGCGUAGCUGACAGCCAGCGUCAACUUUCUGUGGACAGAUGGCCUCCAGCUCUGAGUCAGACAUUAGCGCAAGCUGCUGUGAUCAAGAAGUUACACACACAGAUACACCGAAGAUUAACAAGGGUCCAAAGGUCGCUUCCGUUUCUUCUGCUUGGGGAUUGCCGGAACCAGUUCUUCGCGUAGGAAAUCGUACUAUCUUUACGCAUGGACGUCCACCUUGGUAUAAUGCUGAAGGACAAACUCAACAGCCUUUUGUAAUCGGCAUAUGUGGAGGUAGUGCAAGCGGUAAAACAUCUGUUGCCCGCGUAAUUAUUGAAAGUUUGGAUGUACAGUGGGUCAGUUUAAUAAGUUUGGACUCAUACUACAAGGUUCUUACACCAGAGCAAAGACUUCAAGCUAUUGCUUGUCAUUACAAUUUCGAUCAUCCAAGCGCUUUUGAUCUUGAUUUAUUGGAAAAUCAUUUACGCAGGUUACGCGACGGUAAAACUAUUGAAGUACCUGAAUAUGAUUUUAAAACCCAUUCUCGUACUUCUAAAACGAAUACUGUCUACGGAGCUAAUAUUAUUAUCAUUGAAGGAAUUUUGGUAUUCUAUUCGCAAGCUGUGGCCAAACUAAUGGAUUUGAAGGUAUUUGUUGAUACAGACGCAGAUGAACGCUUAUCUCGUCGUCUUCGUCGUGAUAUUAGUGAACGUGGUAGAGAAUUGAAUAGCGUACUAGAACAAUAUAUGCGUUUUGUCAAACCUUCCUAUGAACAAUUUAUUGCUCCAAGUAUGGCUCAAGCAGAUAUUAUUGUUCCAAGAGGUGGACAAAAUGUUGUCGCUCUGCAACUUAUCGUUCAACACAUCAAUAAACGUUUAAAACAGUGUGGACUACGAAGCAGACAUGAAUUCGCUAAAUUCCCGUUCAUACUUUCUAAUGGUGCAUUACCAACAGAUUCCAAUGAUACAACUUGGGAGAACAAUAAUUCAACUGGUGUAAAUAAUACAGUAGAUGAUGUUUUUACAAUGAACAACCAUCUGUAUCAUAACAAGCAAUAUACUACUAAUGGUACAUCUGAUAAAGUAUGUCUCCCACCUCAAGUCCAUGUAUUACCUUCCACACCUCAAAGACUUGGUCUGCAUACAUUAAUUCGUGAUCGGAGCACCAAUCAAGAUGCAUUUGUUUUCUAUGCCGAACGUUUGAUGCGUCCUUUAUGUGAAGCUGCAAUGAAUCUACUUCCGCAUAUGGAUAUAGAUAUCGAGACUCCUCAGGGUAUCACUUAUCGUGGUCGGAAAUUAGCCACUGGUACUCAAAUAUGUGGUGUAUCUAUUCUAAGAGCAGGUGAAGUACUUGAACCGGCUUUAUGCGCUGUGUGUAAAGAUAUCCGUUUGGGCAAAAUUUUGAUACAAACCAAUCCAGUCACAUCUGAACCUGAAUUACACUACAUUCGUUUACCUCGAGGCAUUAAAGAUUGUUUUGUUAUACUCAUGGACGCCACUGUGGCUACUGGAGCGGCUGCUAUAAUGGCUAUGCGUAUAUUAGUGGAACAUGAUGUACCAGAAGAUAAAAUUAUCCUUAUCUCCUUAAUAAUGGCUAGUCAAGGUGUACAUUCCGUUGCUUAUACAUAUCCAAAGGCUCACAUUGUAACUACUGCUGUAGAUUCAGGCUUGAAUGAUAGUUAUCACAUUGUUCCAGGUGUUGGAAAUUUCGGUGAUCGCUAUUUUGGUACUACUCUGGAUCUAGAAACAAGAUAAUGAAUCUAAUUGUUUCUUUUCUUCAUGACAUUCUGCAACACUUUUGCCAAUUUGAGUGAACUUUCUUUUCGUCGUUUACUACUUAUAUAGUCAGGAACCUUUCUAGUUGGUUUUAGUCUGAUUUUUAAUUAAUUCUUUUCUUUAAAGAGUUUUUGUUUUGUUUUUUCUGACAGAUUUUUUCUGGAAAUCUACUUUCACUACAACACUAGCUCGAUAUCCUUGUCUAGUCCGCAUCUCUAUACUUGUUUCAUUCAUUGCAAUUUCUUAUACUCUAUUGCAUGUAGUUUUGUUAUUCCGUCUGACAAAUUGGUUUAUAGUUAGUGUGUUUUCUUCUUUAUGUAUAUGUGUCGAUUUAAUUGAAUUCACUGAUAUCUUUUUGAUGUAUAUUUGUACUUUAUUGAUUAUUUUUGUCUUUUUUUUUACCAUACAGUUGUUUUCUUCCCAAUUGACAAGGAAGAAGCAAGUUUAUUUUCUUUGUAAUAUAUGUAUGUAUUACAGAGAAUUUACUUUAAUAAUAUACUAAUUAUUUAUUGUGUACUAAAGGUUUCAAUAUUUUGUUGUUUAAUCUUGAUUUUCUUUUACAAAUAUUUCUGUUAUUUUAAUACACUGAUAAUUUCCUACUUUAUUCAUCCACUUCACUUUUUUUCUUUAGAAAAAAAUACGUCUAUUUUAGUUUCUACUGUUGCUGUUGACGAUGACGAUAAAGUUGAUGUGAAACAUCUUUUUCUAUAUAAAGUGUGUUCAGAUGUCAUUUUAUAUCCUAUAUGCAUAUAUGAAGCGGUAGCUUGCUUGUUAGAAUGCUCGAAAUAGUUUGAAGGUUCCAAAUCCCUACUCAUUGCUUACUUGAGUUUUGGGCUGGCUGCUAGCAAUAUUAGACCCUAUACAAUCAGUUUCGCUCAGAGGUAAGUGUAUAAAUCCGUACUUGGUAAAGAAGCUAUAGUUAGGCGGUGGCAUGCAUUUAUGAUGAUUUAGAUUUGAUUGGGUGGGGAACGUAUGUAUUGGCGUCGUAUCAGGUGACUUCAAUCAAAAAGCGAUAACCAUGGAAGAAACACAAUCAGCCCCUAAAUGUCUUGAGACGACCGAAGAUGAGGAGAGGUCACUCUCCUUCUUGAAAUAGGUAGUGAGCAGAUAGAAGUAGUCAAGAAGUUCGUGUAUCUAGGUAGCUGCAUAAGUGCUGUUGGUGGCGUGAGUGAGCCAGAGCAACUCAUGCUAAUCCAGCAUAUCUUUGGCGCCUUUGUGAUGUUAGUCUGGCUGUAAAAGGUCGGAUCUACAACAUGUCUGUAAGAACAGUUUUGGUCUAUGCCUAUGAAAUCUAACCUCUCUGAAUUGAGGAUGUUAGACCACUCUGUGUUUAGUCGUCGUUGUCACCGAAGGAUUGCCGACAUUCAGUGGCAACACCAUGUUAGUAAUGCAGAGGUUCGGUAUCGUGUGUUUGGGCAGAGCGACGAUAAUUCAAUUGGUAUCACUAUCUUGAAACAUCGACUUCGGUGGCUUAAAUGUGUCUUACGAAUGUCUUUUCGGAGAAUUCUACGUCAUGCAUUACUUACCAACGCUGGGAAGGGUUGGAAAAGCAGAGAGGUGGUCAGUGUAUGUUAUGGUAUCGUGGUAUGGAAGAAAGCUGUACAGAACUGGCAUCUGUUGUUCCUUCACGACUCCCUGGUUGGGCUCCUAGAGAUGGUGCAACACUGACUAGGGACGUGGCUCAGAAUAGAAGCCAGUGGUUAUUCCGCUAUAAUUUUCUUUUACUUCAUAAAAGUGAACACAACUUUAACUGGAAGAAUUCUUUUUGGUUAUAUUUCUGCUAACUGAACUAUUUCUCCUAUUAAUAUUAUUAU